AUGGCAGCGCAAGAUGGGAUAAGUCAAGUGGAUACGAAACGGCCGAAUAACACCUCGCGAUUGAGAAGAGUUCAUGGAAUACAGUACCGCAGAAAAAUAUUUUUCAUCGAGCAACUCUACGGCUGGCGAGGCAUGGAUACGGGAUAUUACGGAUCAGAAAGCUCAGACGAACUGUCGGAUCUCGAAUUAUCUGAGCCCAAAGUGCAGCAACAAGAAGAGGAGGCACCAACAGAGUCGGAAAAGGUUACCUGA